GCGUAGUGACAGCUGCGCAAAUGGCGGCUGGGUAGGACUGGUCGAGGAAGGCACCUCAUCGGAUCUCUUCGUUUGUUGGGAGAUUUCCGGCGGCUUCGUUCGCCCAGUCGCAAAUCCCAGAUUUGUCUUGUGCACCGCGGAUGACGACUGCCAGGAUGGGGGCUGGGUCCACUUGUGGGAGCACGAGUCGGCCGCACCGGCUGUCUCGCAGUGGGUCGUCAGCGGCAACUGCCUGCGCUCCCGAGGAAACCAAGGCUUCGUCCUCUGCGCGCGGCAGGACUUCCAGGGUAUCCACAUGUGGUCCUUCGACGGGCUUCCAGACAAGUUUGGCCAGUGGGAGAUGCAGCCCGCAAAGCCUUCGGCGAGACAAAUUCUGGGUGUGAACUCUGCUGGCGUAUUGCGGCCGGUGAUCUCGCAGCUGACGAGGGCAGCUAUGCUGGACAACGAUCACAAGGUUAACAAUCUGCACAGUGCUGCUUUCCUGGAGGGCUUGCAAAGCUUCGCUCUAGUGCUGGAACUUGUUGGCUGGCACGUGAACGACCUGCUCACAACAGACUUGGAGAAGCUCGGCCGAUCCAUGGCCAAGUAUGGCAAGGCGACCUACCGGGAUUGGCUUUAUGCCGAGAUCCCAGUGCAUGCCGAGACGGGCUACAAGGAGUAUGUGGAUGAGUCUGCUGCCAUGGCUAACCUCUGGGUGGCCAGGAACCUGCGGUUCUUCGCUGAGUU